AUGCUGCAAGGAUCCAGGCUGAGAAGCCUGCUGCAGGGCCUGACUCUGCUCCUGUUGAGCCCAGCCUGCCAGGCCUCCUCCCUGGGGCUGACGGUCCACGUUGUGCCCCUGAAGAGUCAUGGAGGAGAAAAGGUGGGCUGCUUUACCACAAAACUUUUUGUCUUCAAAACAUUCACACUCGUACAUUUCUACUGUUCAGUGAAGGUUUUCGUUUCAUAUUAGGUGACAGGAUGAAUGAGUGACUGGAAUUGAACCUCACAAAUGAGGAAACUUACUCUCUGCUAAGACUUUAUUAGAGUUUAUAUUAGAGUUGUUACCUUGAUUGUUCAAAAACUCCUAGUAGAAAAAAGGAUUUACUCAUUAAACUCAACAUUUCACAGUUUAAAUCAAAAGACUUGGUGUGAACAGGAGACGUAACCUUUCAGGGGUUUGAAUAAGAAACACAAAAUGAGUUUUAUUCUCUGUGAAAUGGAGAAAGAUGUUGUUGUUGUUGGCUGGUUAAUCUUAGUUCAACAGUGACGCUAAAUCCAGUUUUUGCUGUAGACGGUUUCAAAAAUCUCAGAGUCUCUCAGGUUAAAAAUAAGAGACAUUCAGUGAAGUGUGAAGGAAGACUGUGUCUGGUAUCAAACUAUUGUUCAUCACAUCCUGCUCAACUGCAUUAAGAUUGUUUUUACUGCCACAAAGUGUGUCAAACUCACACGCAGAACCUUCUCUGCUGCCAAGAUGAUUUCUUUCCCCCACACCCAAGUCUGUCAGAACUCCUCUGUCAAGCCGUCAUUAAAGUCUUACAGACAGGAUACCAUACAUUCACUCAGUCACCACCUCACUGUGUCACCCACAAGGGCAAUGUAGCAUGAAAGUUGUUUUUGCAGGUCCUUAUUGUGUGCAGUUGUGUUGUAUCUUUUGUCUGCUGAUGUUGUCUCAGGUUAAAGGUUGUAAAUACAUCGGCUAAAAGUGAAGCUGAGCCUUCAGCGUUCGAUCCAACAAUCACUGAUUUAAUGACAAACUUUACAGAUUCCUCUGAUGGUCUAAAAAUAUGAAAAAUUCAACCACUUUGUUUUUACUGCUCCACUUUACGUGUUUACAGUCACCUGUUUUCAACAUGUCAAGAGCUGACCUAGCCAAAAUAAUAAUUGAUGUUAAUAACUACUACAGAGUCGUACAAGAGUGCCAAGUGAUUAACGUGACCUCAAACCAGUUCAGGCAGAGGGCUGUGCACUCUUUCAGGAAAUGUUUUUAAUUACAGAAAUUGGCCUGCCUAAUGUGCUAAAAAUACUUUUUUUCCAUCAUAGCUCUGACAUUAAUAGACAGAGGGAUUACAGUCCCUCUGUCUACUGCUGUUCAGAAUGUUUUUGCACACUUACCAAACUAAGUGUACCAAAAGUACCAAAGUGCCCUUUUUGAUGCUCCUGAAAAUGUGCUUUUCUAUCUGCCCCUUGUAAAGGACAAAACAUGACGAAGUGCCCUCAAGACGCUCUUUCAAAAUGAAAAAAGAAAAAAAAACAGUCUUUUUUUUUAGGAUAUAAAAUGUAGUAAGGGUGCCCACUUGAUGCCCUUCUAAUCAAAUAUGUGAUAAGUUGCCCUUUCUUUUGAUAUACAACCACUAAAUGUUGCAUGUAUUCCCCCCAGACAAGCUCUUAUUAUCUGUGCCCUAUCAUGUUUUAAUAAAUCUCACGCUGAGGGUAUCAGGGGGAUUUGUAAAACUAUUCCAGGUUUGUGACCUCCAGGCUGCGUAUCAUCCAGGGUUGUCAGUGUGAAAUGUUGACAGUCAAUCAUAAUUUUAAGUCUUUAAAAUAAGACAGAUAUUCAUCAUGGCAUAGAGAAGGUAUGAUGAUGUGUAACUGUGAUUUUCCCAACAAUGUUUCAAAGAAACAGUCGGGGAAUCAGAAGAAUUUUUCUUGGGUAUCUGUAGUCAAGCUGAUAAGACACAAAUAUAUCAACUAAGAGUGAAGUUUAGCUUUCAGCUUUCAAUCGAACAAUCGUUACUUUAGAUGAAAAACUGAAGAGUAACCUGUGGAAGUCUAAAGAUAUGACAAACAUGUGAAAGAUGAAGUGGCAUAACCACAUUUUUAACUGCUCCACUUCAUAUUUUUACAGUCACCUGUUUUUGUCAUACAUCAGGUGUCCUUUUGAUUUUCUGUCACCCCUCAAUCAGCUUCAGUACACCACUGAUGCUGGCUAACUUGCUGUGGCCGUAAAACUGACAGAAUAACUGAGGGCCUGGCGGGUGAGACAAAAAGUGAGACAAAAGUGCUGAAAUCAAAGUCUACCUGUGAUUGAUAUAUUGGACAGAAAAAAGAGAGAAACCGCUGAUUUACUGCCUUCUAGUGUCCUGUUACAAUAAGGGCAGAAUGCGUAGAAUUUAGAUGAGUCAUUAACCCUCUUCUCAUGGAAAAACCAGAGGGGCUUUAUAGGAUGUAGAUCUGCCCUAAAAUCUUUAGCUUAGGCCUCUAGUUUGAGUAAAACCUGCAAUUACAACUUUAGCAAAGCCACUCGGCAGAAGAACAGAAACACUGACUCUAGUAUGGAUCUGAUUGGCUUUCACUAAACAUCCUACUUUCGUCUUUGAUUCAUGCUUCACUUUCACUGAGUUAAAAAAAACUGGACUUUUACUUUGCAGUUAUUCUGUUUGUAAAUGAAUAUCUGUUUGAAGGUUAGACAGUAGCUCGGCUUUUGAAGCUGUUUGCUGGUUUUGUAAUCUACAGUCUGCCACGUCCUGAACUAUUCAACAAUGACUGAAAAUAUUCCAGAGUCAGGACAGACUGUUCUCACUCUACAGGUUCUUGAGCUUGAGCUGAAUCCUCUCUGCUGGUCUUAAAUCUGUCACUGCUCACUAAAGAGGGUUUUAUCGUUGAUCUGUUUCCCCUCUUUCUCUUCUGCAGGUGCACGCUCAUUUUAGUGCCAUCAUUCCUGGUCCCUGUCCGGAUUUGACAGGAGUCUGUGCUGUAGGAGAGGACUGUCAAGUCUUAAAAACAUCUGUACCCUUCACUGGUACCACACCAGGGUCAGGCUGGUGUGCCCGCCAGUGGCAGAAAACUGUCCCCAGUGAUUACAAAGCCGCCAUCAGUUUAGGGUAAGCAGUCUGUACCUACAGAGGCAGAUUUGUUUUGCAGCAGGAGCAAACAGAAGGACACAGUAUAAAAGGGCAUCUUUUGUAAAUCCAAACCGAAAAAGCACUUGGGAUAAUAACAAAAAAAGUAUCAAGUCUUUCCACUCACCUCCUACCAUGUUUUGGAGUGUGCUCUUUUUUCCAUUACUUUUACAUUCUUUAAUCAAUCCUCCUCUUGAGCAUGAUGCACUUUGCAUAUAUUUACACCAUAUAUGCUAAGUACCGCAUGUGUUUAUCCUGGAUAUCUUAUACUGUGUUUUAUCUCCACUAAUAUACACAUUUUUCUCCAACUUGCAGGCCCACAACAGAAGUUUAUGUAUCAAUAAAAGCAAACCCAGUGAUUCGGGAGAACAGCGGGAGACUCAACAAUCCCCCUUAUGUUGGUCUGUUUCCUCCACUGAGGUAAAAUACAUCAAAACACACUCACUUUUCAGUGCAACUUGGUUCAGACUUUGUCCUGUCUGUAUCUUGGAAGAAAAUCAUGUGAAUUAUUUAGAUUGUAUUACUAAUUAUGGGAUUUUCAGUAUUGGUGAUUUCCAAACUUGUAAAUCACACAAAAGAGCUCAUACAACAAAGGCCAGGUGCAGCAAGACAAUAGAAAGUCAAUAUAGGUUUAAUCAAGUUAGUUAGCCACAAAAUCCACAGAUGAGAUCACUGAAAUUGUGGUAGCUUUAAAGUAAUGAAAUAGUUAGCUGUAAACAGCUAACUUAACUGAGUUUAAAACUUCAAACAGGUCAGAAACAGACAGCCAGGCAAAAGGAACCAGAAUAACGGUCUGUAAUGGUCUCCAUUUUGCAUAUGUGACAUUUUGUGACUUCCAUUUGGGUGUUUCUGAGUUUAACUACUUCCUUAUUGUACCUAAAUGUGAGUAAGCAGGAAAGACUGCAGGAUGAUAACCAUCUUUGCCAGUAAAUAACCACACGCCCUGGACCAAUUAUAGGAAUGCUGCAGACUUUGUUUACAGAUGCACAGAUUUGGUCAUAUCCACCUUUGUUUACUCCUUUGUCUUGAUGUUGUUUUUGAUUUGUGAUGCUGAUAAUCUCUUUUUUCUGUUUCUGUAUUUGUUUUUGCCUCUGAUGAUUUGAUCAGGGCUCGGGUGAACUGCCCUCACCACCUCCAUUUAUCGGUGAAAGAUCUGGAUGGCGACAAGGUGCAGUGUCGGUUCGCCCGUGAGGAUCAGGGAGAGUGUGUCAACUGUCCUCAGCACUCCUUUAUAGAACUGGAUGAGGUGAGUCCACGCAGUUAUUCAACACAACAAUAUAAAUGUUUGUUUUUUUGAUUAUUUUAUUUUAGUUUUAUAUACAUAUAUGCAAACUGUACGUAAAAAGUCAAUAUACCAACAGUAUACAGACAAAACCUCCCAAGUAACCCCCCCUCCCAAAACAAGACAAAAAAAAUACAAAUGUUUUUGUGAGUUUUGGUGAAUCCAAAACAUGCAAGCUUUGGGGCAGUUGUUAUUCGUGUAUCUUUUAUGUUUCAUUUUGUAUUAUUUAUGAAGAAAACUGUAAAACACUGAAAGCUCAGUGUCAUCCCCCUGCAGAUGAUAUGAUACGUUGGUAGACGUAUGAUGUGAACAGAGGUGUAAAAUGUAGUGAAAACCUGUAGAUAAAACUUAAUACUGCCUUGCAAAAUUAUUUCUGCAUCCAAAAUUUACUUGAGUCAAUCCAUACCAAGUGAUAUGUUGAACCUUUGAGACUAAAUUUGGAGUAUAUCAUAGCAGCAUUCAUAUACUCCAUUACUGGGUUGAAUAUUAUGAUAAGUGGACCAGGAACUAUUUACUGUUGUAUCAAGUUGAGGCUCCUUAUCAAUAAACUUGAAAUACUUCCAUCAACUUAAGAUCAGUCUGAAAUCUUUACCUGUACUUUACUCAAGUUUUUUGUUAGUCAGUGUAGUUUGCGACUGCAGACUCUGGAUGAGUGAUGCCUCUGAGCUGCACUGAUUUCCCACCUGACAUGCAUAAUCUUACAAUUACCUAAAAAUGCAUUCUCUCAGCUUCGGCGGUCUAUUUGAGCUGACAGAUUGACAAACACUCCCUCUGUUCUGCCUUUGUCUCUCCUUCUCUGCACCAGUUACAUUUUCUGCCUUGUUUUCAAACUUUCAGCCCCACCAGCCUCUCAGCAUUCACCUUCAGGCUCUGACUACAGGGCACUCAGAUACCUGUAUGUUAAAUGAGUCUCCAGAGAGUAAUGAGGUCAGAGUGCAAACAUGUACAAACUACGUUCUGCUGCGAAAACAGCAUACGUAUAUAGUAAAUACACAUAACCUUAAAGUCAUUAUUUAUAGCAUUUUUCCUUUAUUAGCUUGAAAAUCUGAAGACUGACUGUAAAUGUGGGGAGUAGAGGAUGGGGUGUGGCUGAUUGCUGUAGCCUGUAUGAAUAUGGGACACUUACUAAAGCCACUCGGCCAACUGCGACAGGCACUCUCAGAUUUUGAUCAAAAGUUUCUCCUCCGGUUAUCAUUUUAAGGUAAAUUAUUCCACAGCUUUUCCAAUGACUUCUGAGUAAACGUAUAAACUUUGUCUUCAGUGUAAGAGACUGUGGUGAAAAGAAUGCUGCUACACAGAAGAGUUACAGGCUGAGCAAAAGCUGUUUUAAAAAAAGCACAGAGGACAGCUGAAGAAGAUGUCGCGGCCUGCUAGCCAGCUAACUGAAGACGCCUUCACACUUGUGCAAGUUUCUCUGCAAAUUCAAAAACAACAUUAGAGCUCAUGCCUCUUCAGGUUGCUUUUUUACGUUACACUUAAACUGACUAUUCCCCAACUGUUUUCAUUCAGUUCCAUUACUCAUGAUACCAGAAGUAAUGUGCUUCAAAAUAAAAGCUUAGUUUGACUAUGUAAUCCAAUAUUUGAGUUGUUGUUCACAGAGCCGAUGAUAAAUCUGAAUUUGAUCACAAAUUGCAAAGGACAUGUAAAGUAACUGUUUAUUAGUUAAGUGUACAAAAUCAUGUGCUGCUCCACCCUUGUCCUGCCUUUCCUCAAUUUGACUGAUUGUGUUGCUUAUUUUUUUUUAGUUUUACAUAAAUAUCAAGAUAGUAUAUGGCCAAGAUAACUGUAUGGUGAAAAUCUGGUAUUGUGACAGUCCUACAGUGAAUUCUAACAACCUUCCUGACAUGAGUCAGUCACUUUAUAAAUCUGGAUCACAUUUUUAGGUCAACACUCAGCAGUUUGUCAAAGUCCUUGCUUUGAGGGUAUGAAGUUACUCUGUAUAACCAGCAGCAGCUUGUUUUUCCAGAAAUGAUGAACCGAUACUUUGAAUAACUUCCCUCAUUUCUAUAAUAUUAAACUAUUUAAUUACAGAAAUAAAAUCUCUGAAGACCGUGAGAACUGAAAGGAUUUCAGCAGUGCAGAUUUGUUCUAUUCAUUCCUAAGAUUUUCUCAUGAAAUGACUAAAAAUGCUUCCACCUGUCUCUACACACUGUGGACUGAAGAACAAGAGGGAUGUGUUCAGUUUCAGUUUUCUUGUCAUUUCAGAAUCUGUAGCUCAUUUCUCAGAUAGUUUGAUGUUUUUCAGCCACAGAUUCAAAGCCGUGUGGAUGCUUUGCAAUAAAAUAAAAAAAUACAAGGCCCAAUAUUGUGUCCUCUACUGGCUGCACCCACAGCGCUCUUUGUUGGCCCCUGCCUCACUGAAGUCAGUGAAAGCAUUAUAUAAAGUUACACUCUCUUGUUUUUUUCUCUUUCGUCAGAAAAAGUGCGUAUUGAGAUUCACUGGAAAAGCAGCAGCAGGACAGUAUUCCAUCUACCUGAUGGCAGAGGACCUGAUUCCUGUUCCCAAAUCGAUCAAAGUCACAGACAACUCACCCCUCAGCUCCGUCCCUGUGCAUCUGUCUCUCACUGGUGAGUCUGUCAGUCAGUUACCACAGCGCUGAUGCUGACUUUAAGCCGACAAAGGUAUACAAAUAAAAUAAGCAGCUUUUGUGUAAGAGAAGGAAUACAGUGAAUGUGCUCAAGAAAAAGGUUUUUAUUUCAUGUUUUAGCUCUACCACAGUAAACAGAUGGUGUUACAUUUACUGGGCUUCCUUCUGGUAUGAUCACACUUUGUCCUUUGGCCUCUGUGGCUUAGAGCCACAUCCCUAGCAACAGUCCGUUCUUCAUAGCAACAGUCUGCUAUCAGAGAAGAGUGAGCAGUUGUUUUGAAAUGUUGCUGUGAAACUUUGAGUUUGAUUUGUGUCAGAGUUACAUUUGUAGUUAGUAUGUUGUCUUCUGUUAUAAUGUGAAAUUAGAGCCUCAAACAUCUCUUAAGCACAGAGAACUCAGAGUUUUAAGUCCAGAAACUGAUUUUUUUGAAGAAAUAAAAGUUUCUUGGGACUUCCUUUAACUUUAUUGUUUAAACUAAUUUACAUAUCAAGAGAAAUAUGGUGUGAGGACCUUCUUUGAGGUUACUUUAAAAUUCUAGAGCAAGAACUUCUCUGGGAGAUGAAAUAUUACCUCAACACUAUUGAAGAUGCUGGUCCCAACAGUGUAAGGUACAGAGUUUCUCUGAAGGAAUAUAGAUGAUUCCUCAAUGAAAGAAAAAUUUUGCUCUCCACCUUUUCAGUGGAGGAGUCAGCGACCAGCUGCAGUGAUGAACCCGUGGCAUUAGGCUCGACCCCCAGAGAGGACACCACGCUGUUUGUCCUACCAUACCAGCUGGUGAAAUUUGACAUCAACUAUGAGUCACUGCUGGAAAGGUGCGUCUCUUUUUUUCAAUACCUGAAUUUUGUUUUAUGCCAUUAACUUAACAUUUAUUUCUGUACAAAAGUGUCCUCUUAGGGUCAAACUGAAGUGUCUUGUAAACUCAGGAGUUCUAACAGGACACAACGUAAAAACCUCCUACGAGGUUUUACCAGAUAAACAACCUUCUUUAACAAGCUGACACAAACAGUCAUAAAAGCUCAAACUGAAGCUUUCUCUCUAUGUUUGCAGUGUUUCAGAGGUAGCCGUGGUUGGUCCACCUGAACUCCUCAGGGUUCAGUUCAAAUCAAUCGGCCCCCUUGCCACGAUGACGAUGGCCUGGGUCCGCUCUGAAAACAGUCUGACGCGCCUUUUGCCCAUCUGCUUCGCUGUGAAUACAAGACGGUAAGACAGUGGAGGCACACUUAGCCGGGAAAAAGGGGCUGGAUUAUUUAGAAAACAUUGAAAUCUCAUGAGUGUUCUUGAAUAAAGACAUCACUCUGCUCUGUUUAUAAUGCAGUCAAUGCUAUGAAGUGAGUUCAAGUCAAGUGGAAAGAGUGCUUUUAAGGGAGGACUUGAACUAAUAUGCUGCGGAAAACUACAUUUUUGUUUACACGACAGUCUGUCAUAAUAGGGAAAAGGCCUCUCGUUUGAAAGGGAAGUCAAAAAUAAUACAACAAAUUAACAAGGUUGACUAAGAAACAUGAAUUACAACAGAUUUCACUGUUAUAUCUUUGCAUGUGUCAAAACAGGAAUAUUCUGCAUUUUCUUGUGAGUCUGCACACUGAAAAGCAUAAAAACCAGAGGGCCUCAUGGUUGUCUGCAGGUUAAGACACAAACCACAAAUCACUGUAACAUCCUUGUUUCAGUUUUAGCAGCAUAUCUUCGAUUAAUGGCACAUGGCUUCCUCUAAUUGCCACGUGUGACUCCCUGAAACCUUUAACAACAGUAUGAGUUGUUAAUAUUUGCGGUCAGAACUGCCUGAGAUUUUUGGUGAUGUUCACAUACUGAGGAUUUUUUGAACAAAAAUAUGAUGUACCAAAAACCUGCUGAAUGUGAGCAAAGCCUCGUGGCUCUCUGGUUUUUAACGUGCUUUUUGAGUGUCUUGGGUCAAUGUUUUUGAAAUUUGAAUCUCACCUCUCCAAAGAGUAGCUCAAACACACUCACUUAGCGUCCAGGAAGUGUUUCUACCCUCACAUUUUUCGAUUUGCAUGACAGGCUCUGAUGUGCUCUUCUUGUCUUUCCAGUUUGCAGUCAGAUCCCAGAUGUGUGUGGCUGUACCAAAGUAAGUCCUUUCGAAAAAUGUCCCAACAAGUAACACAAUUUAUGCUUCCCUUCAUCACAGAAAACAACAGCCUUAAACUCACACCAGGUUUUUGAUGAAUAUGACCACUGAAAUAUGCUUUUUAAAAAUCUUUUCAGGAGAGAUGAGGACGCUACCUGCAGGAACAGGUAGAGAAAACAUUAUAUUUCAUUUUAUUCUAGCGUUUGAGUGAAAGUUUGAGUACACUAAAUAUGAUCAAAUACAAGAAUGUGUGAAGGAUAUAUGAAUUUGUUGCUGUUUGCCUGCAGAGCUGACGUGUGGAACGACAGCGAUGACUCUGGUGCUGCCUGUCUCCUCCCUGAAUAACAUCAACAUGGCUGAUCUGCAGCUCAACAGCCCCACCUGUCCCAUCGCAUACAACAGCACACACCUGCGGGCAACAAUUCCUUUGGCUGGCUGUGGCACAAAGACUGUGGUAACAUGCUUUUUCUGGAUCAUCACAGUCUGUUAUAUUUUAUCUUCCUCUCAUUUCAAACUAUUUUGAAAAGGCUGAAGUAUUUUUAAACACAUCACACCAUCUGAACUGUUUGGGGGGUUGAGUUGUCAUUGAUUUGGCUCUAGAGAUUUGUUUUACUCAGUAACUGAUGGUUUGUCAAGUGUAGAGAAGUACAAUGAAAGUAAAACAAAGUACUAACUUUUAAAGAAAAACUACAUGUACGCAAAAAAACUGCUCCUUUACGGUUACAUGAGUAAAUACUGUUUGUUACCGUUCACCCCUGAAUAUGACUAAUGACCUCACUUUGAUUCUUUUGCAGCAAUCUGGUUCAGAGCUGGUUUACACCAACACCUUACAAAGCGUGCACCCCUUCACUCUGGUCAGACGUACACCUUCCCUCAUCCUCCCUCUGGCUUGCCGUAUUAAGGGAGUGCAGGCAAAGGGACCGCAGUACCAGAUUGGCAUACCCACAGAAAAGGAGACAUUUGGCGAGGUGCGGUUCUGGUUAGAGUUUUAUCUUCCUGGAGAGGGGCCACUGGCAAAAUUUACACGCAAGCCUGUACUUCGAGUCCUCCGCAGAGCUUCAGAACGAACCCGUCGAGAUGUGGAACCACUAUCAGUGGAAAACACCUCGUCCAACACAACCUCCAGUAUUUCCCCCACUUACACUACCAACACCACCAACACCAACACCACCACCAGUUCUCCUUACAGCCCCUCAAAUGGCACCACUUCAAACACCACAGCUAACUCCACUGGCCUGACUACCAAAAUGGCUGUGGGGUCUAGGAUUAAUGUGCUGGAUCUGCAUGUGAUGUCCAACUGCAGCAUAGAUCGAGCUGAGGUGUUGGUCAGCGACUGCAUUGAGUCUGAGACAGAAGACUUUGCUGUAUCCUCCCCCAUCUUGGAGCAAGGGUUAGUGACCAUUCAGCAUUUUUCUGUUAUAGUUUGAGGAUGCCAUCUUGAACAGAACAGAUACAUGAUAAAACAGAUAAAUCUAGAGCAUAUCAGAUCAACUGCAACAGUUCUCUCUCUCUUUUUUCAGGUGUACUGCUUCAAACUCCACGUUAGAGGUUGUUACAACACUACCCAAUGCAAAGAUCUACCGUCUUGAUUUGAGCAAUGGGCAGGCCAAAGGAAACACUGUACGUACCAUCAUUCACGCACAUCAACAUAUGCACAUUUAUUCAUUUAUUCUAAAACUCCUAUGACAUGUGGGUACUAUGUCCAGGUGUAAUAACAGGUGUACGUUAAAAAAUAAUCCUGAUUUAAAAAGUUGUGACACUUUCCUGUGUUUCUGCUCAUCUCAGAUUUUUGCUUCCUUUAUUUAGUUGUUUUUUUUUCAGUUUGUCUUGCUUAUUAGGUAAAAUACAUUAUAACUUGUGGUUGAAAAGCAAAUAAUUUGGACAUAUGUCAUGGUCUUAAAGGAUAAGUCUGUCAACUUUGAUAUGCGGCUCUACAGAUACCACUCACACCAAGUCCAUUGUGCACAGUCAGUGCAUACAGGUUCUGAAUAGCCUACAUUACUUUUGAACCUAAAACAGUGCAGAGACAUAGCUGCUCACAUGGGUUAGAUAGAGUCAAAAGUCUUUAAAAGGUUAUUUUGAUACGUUGUAAAGCCUUUCAAAUAAUCUAUCCAUGCAUCUUUCUGUUUCAAGUGUGCAAAUUUGCUUUGUGUUUUGUAGAUGUACAUCCGCUGUAAGGUCAAUCUGUGUAUCGCCACGCUGCCCUCUCAGAAGUGUCCUAACAUGUGCACCCGUGCCUUUACCCAAAAAACCCUGGUGGACAGUGUCUAUUCCAGAAGCUACACCAUCACCUCAAAACCUGUUAGCCUUGUAGUCACCACUCCUCCACCCCGAGUAUCUACUGUCCCAAAGCCUGCUGCUACUACCGUAAAAACUACAACUACAACUUUAGCUCCCACCACUACUACUUCAACUAUCACCACCACAGCUGCCCAGAACACCACCUCACAUGGUAAGAUACUUUCUGCACUUCACUGUCUUGUGAAUUUCAUCCUUUACUAUGGCCAGGAUUCAACUAAAUAGAAUAUAACUCAAAAUCUUCUUUAAUAAUUUGCCCUGUCAGGUUUAUUUGAAUUUGGAGUCCACACUGAGCACUAGUUUGAUUUGUAUGGCAAUAACAUGGUCAGUUUUACAGAGACAACCUUUCUAAGAUGAGAGAGGUGUCUGUGAAAGUAAAAACGGAGAAUGACAUGGUGCUGAAACCCAAAUAAAAUUACAGUGGGAAAGAUCAUGAUCAGAUACAGGUUCUCUGUAAUCCUUGUGAAAUGUAAAAUAUGUGUACAGUAAAUGCAACCCUGUGAUCUCUCCUUUUUUUCUUUGCAGCUCCAGAACAGACCUCAGCCAUAGCAGCUGGAGUGAUUUUAACAACUAUCAGCAUAUAUCUUCAAAAUGUCUUCUUAUACUGA